AUGGAUCUGGAGGAUGACAUCGACGACCCGUUCAAGGUCAAGGAUCUGUGGCAGCCGUCGAGGUUUGCACUUCCUGCACUGGAGCCCCUCGAACCGGUACCAUUGGAAUAUACCCCUCCUGAACUCCCGAAAAGCAUAUUCGAUAGCCCUCUUCAUGUAUUCGACAAUAAUGACUCGCUUCUGUACCAACUCAAUGUCUUUGGCACCGAUCACACCGAGCACUCUACAUCGGAUCCCGAGCCUUGCGACGACGAAUCCUUGGAAGCCACGACCAACGAUACCGCAGAAUCAGAAUCGCCUUUGCUGGAGUUAGAUAAUAUAUGGGUGCUAGAGUCUCUGCAGAGCUCCUCAACUUGUCAACCCAAUCUCGAGUCGUGGGAUUCAUUUCUGGACGAAAAUUUCCAAGAGCCGGCAUCUGCCUACUUGAGUGAGUUUGGCAAUAAAGGCUUUGACGCGGCAUUGUCACAUCAGGCGACUGUGAAUGGACUUGAAAAUGCUGGUCGUCUACUUCGCCCUUCUGUCUUCCUGAACUCGCUGUUUCGUCUCGGAUUGGGAUGGAACUCUAUACUUUUCCAUUACAAUGAGCAAGAUAGGAUUUUUGAAAAAAGCAUACGUGAUAUUCGCAUCACCGGUAUUGGACUUAUGACGCUGGAUGGCAUGUUAAGGGAUAUUUUGAAGUGCGGAACAGACAUGCAAAGAAUCCGAAGAUUUGUACGAAAGAAUCCAUCACUUGCCGAACAACCAUCUGUUCUCACCGGCUUGGCGAGCGCGGCAUCUGUCUUGAUUUACAGCCUUGAAAAACAGUUGACAAAACAUAUAAACCCCGAUAUUUCCUUGAUCCAGAUUCAGUCCCUGUUCCGAAAUUGUGGUGAUUUGGUGAGCACACUUGCUGAAAUAAUCACUGCGGUUGAAGGGUCAGGAAACGAAAGUGACAUCAUCUCAAUUCUUCUGGACAAAUGCGAAAAUAAUGAGCAAAGAUUCCCUUGGAUGGCCGACAUUUUGCAUGAGAUUCUGCAAAAGUGCAUCAAACCGUGGCUGACCCUGGUGGAGUCGUGGAUUGGACUACGCAGCGAGAAGCUUCUAUUAGCUGAAGAGCAUACUACGAGGAAGAGAUUUGUUGAGUGGCAAGGAUUUAGUCCUGCGGUAGAAGACUAUAUCUAUCACUCCGAAAUGAUGCCGUCAUCCUUACCAACCGAGCAGGCACAUCUGAUUUUCGAAACCGGAAAAGCACUUCGCUUGCUUAAACAGAACCAACCAGAUCACCCUAUCUCAAAAGACGAUGUUGUCGAGAAGUCUCAACCACCUAGUUUCUCCUGUGCUUUUUCUUGGGCACAUAUAGAGCAGAUUCAACAAAAGGCGGCUGAUUACGAAAGUCGACUCCGCCAAGAAAUUCUUAGGUAUCACAAUGGUGACCACUCAAUCUCUCGGCCUGUUACACAAUCUGGUGAGAUGCAUCUUGCUGGGGACGAGACAGGUGAAACGAGUAGAUUUAAUGAGUUUGAACUCAUCGAUCUCGACAAUGAACCGCAGACGAGUGGAAUAUUGGCAAGCAAUUCAUAUAUGGAAGCCGACAAAUUGUAUAAACACGCCGAAGAGAGCGAUUUACUGAAUCCAGACUCUGCCAACUUUGCUGAGACAGCCUUUGGACCUCCUCUUGGGUCAGUCCUGUAUCUUUCGCUAGCCCCGAUUUUGGCAGUGCAAGCGGAACUUAUUGAUUUUUCAUGCCUUCACCUUCUCUUCAAGCGGCACAAGUUACGGCGUCACCUGAAUUUACAAUGGCGAUUUCAACUUUUGGGUGAUGGCAUAUUCGCUUCUCGCCUAUCUCACUCCUUGUUUGAUCCGGAGUUGACGAGUGGCGAACGAAAAUCCGGGGUGGCCCGUGGAGGGUUCCACACAGGUUUACGGCUUGGGAGUCGAGAUACAUGGCCCCCAGCAAGUUCCGAAUUGCGCCUUGUUCUCAUGGGACUGUUGACCGAAUGCCAUGCUGCAAUUGAGAAUGAAACAGCAUUGUCCAUUCAGCCAGAUGCAAAAGAAAGAGAACUUCCAGGAGGCCUCAGUUUCUCUAUUCGCGAAUUGAGCGGUGCAGAACUUAUCAAGUGCAAGGAUCCAAAUGCAAUUGAAGCAUUGGAUUUCCUUCGUUUACAAUAUAAACCUCCCGAAAUUCUUGAAAGUGUCAUCACAACGCAAUCACUAGAAAAAUACGAUCGUUUGUUCAAACACUUGCUACGACUGAUAAGAAUGGUAUCUGUCACCAAUAGCCUCAUCCGGGAUUCCACUGCCCGGACCUCUCUAUCAGGUGACGCGCACAACGUCUUCCAAAAGUUCCGAGUCGACUCGCAACAUUUCAUCGGCGCCCUAAACGACUAUUUCUUCCAAAUUGGAAUCGGGACUAAUUGGGGUCGCUUCGAAAACACCCUCUCCAAAAUCGAAUCCUGCCUCGACAAGGGCGACAUUGACGAAACAAUCGAAAUCGCCGGCUCCCUACACCGUUUGCGACAAUACCACGAUGCCGUUCUCGACCAAAUCCUAUUCUCACUGUUUCUGAGCAAGCGCCAUGAACAGGUAAAUACACUACUAGAAGAGAUUUUCGGCACGAUUUUGGCAUUUGCGCCGCUUUCGAGGUUUGAUGGCAGUCAUGGAAUACGGAACCAAAACGAAAAGACGGUGCAUCGAUUGUAUGCCACGUUCCGAAAGCAGGUGGGUGCGUUUGUGCGCUUUCUGCGAGGGUUGGAUGGUGGCAAGAUGUCUUCCUCCAAGUCGGCGAGUAGUCAAUCUGGUGGUGGUAGCAGUGGCAUGUCUGCGAAAGCUUCGUCGAGUAUUUUUGAAUAUCUACUUGUGAGGCUGGAUCUAAGGAAAUAUUAUUAG